AUGAGAAUUCUAAUUUUUCUGUUGAUUGUAUUAUUUCUGGUGUCUGUGAAUUCGAGCUCUUCCUCUUCUUCAGGAUCUUCUUCGAAAUCCAACUCAAGGAGCUCGUCAGAGUGAGUAGGAGGAGAUUGUGCAUUUUUGGGAAAAGAGGGAAAUUGUGAAUGAGAAUUUGGAUUUUCCAGAGAGACUAAAACAAAAGGCUCAACUGGAGGAAAUGGUGGAAAAUCAGGGGCAGGUGGUGGAUUGGCGGACAAAAUAAAAACAGGCAUAAAUAAUACUAUACCAGUCGCAGGAAAAAAAUAA